AUGUCUUCUCCAAGUGCCAAGACCAACACGCAAAACGCUGUUACUGAUGAAAUGAAGUUGUCUAGCCUCCCGUCUGGCUUUACAUUCAUGCCAACAGAUGCAGUUUUGAUGGUUUACUAUCUUGCCAAAAAAAAUUUAGGAGAAGCAUUACCACCCAACUUAAUGAAGGAAGUGCCAGAUUUCUAUAGCUACCAUCCUAAAGAACUUAUGCAAAAAUACACGGGGUAUGAACCGAAGAAACCAACCGAUUGGUACUUUUUCACCGGAAAGUACCAUGGGGAAGGAGAUGUUUCGCAUUGCACUGCAGGAACCAACACGGCCGGAAGAACCAACAGGGUUCGGGUUCGUGUUGCAGGGCAGGGAUUUUGGCAGCCAACAAAACAUAUUUCUCCCAUCUAUCCAAGAGAUUCUCCAAAUCUAAUUGGACGCAAACACACUUGGGAUUAUUAUGAAGUGCGCGAUUCUAAAGAAUAUAAAACUGAUUAUGUAAUGCAAGAAUACACCACAACGACGGCAGAAGUUCGACCCGGUGGCAAUGAUUCUGAGGAGGAAAAGAACAAAAAGGAUGAAUUCGUUUUGUGCCGAAUAUACGACAGGAAGACUAGAGCUACAGAUGAUCCAAUGAUCUAUUGA